AUGCCUGAUUAUGCAAAAUAUUUGAAGGAAAUCCUCUCUAGCAAGGAAAAAUUAGAGGAAACAACAAUGGUCAAGCUAAAUUCCCACUGCAGUGCCAUAUUGCAAAAUAAAAUUUCCCAGAAGUGUGGCGACCCAGUAAGCUUCACCAUACCAUGCUCGUUAGGGAGUAAAAAAUUCGACAAGGUCCUCUAUGAUUCUGGUGCGUCUAUAAAUCUAAUGCCUCUGUCUGUAUUUAGAAAACUGGAAGGUGAGCUUGGAAUGAUCAAAUCAAUACCGGUGUCCCUACAACUGGAUGACCAAACCACCAUUCUACCUGAGGGAAUCAUUGAGGAUAAUCUAGUGCGGGCGGACAAGUUUGUGUUCCUCGUAGGCUUUAUUGUGGUGGAUAUGAAGGUGAAUAAGGAGGUGCCUCUAAUUCUAAGGAGUCCAUUCUUAUGUACAGGUAGAGCUAUCCUUGAUAUAUAUGAAGGGAAGCUUAUGCUCAGAGUGGGCAACAAAAAAGUGGUGUUCCAGAUGAAGAGGAUGAUGAAAUACCUUAGUGAUGAGGCGUCCGCCUACUCGUGUUUCAAGCUGGACGUUGUUGGAGAAUUGGCUGAAAAAUACAAGUUUGACAAGCUUGUGGGGGAUACUCUAGAGAAGUGUAUUACUCAAUCUAGCACAGUGGAGAAUGAAGAUCCUGAAAUAAAGAAAGAGGCAGAAGCUCUUGAAAAUGAGGAUCAAGUGGUUGAUUAG